AUGGAAACGCCACCUGUCGUCGAUUUCGCGAAGUUCUCUCAGUCCGCCAUUGUACGUAUGAUCCGGACGCCCGGAUUGUUGGUACGGUGUGAUACUCUUAUUUCUUAUUAAGAAAUGCCUUCGCAGUGUUGCGUGUCUGGGUGCAGACAGCUAGGUUAUCGAGAUGCGGCGGGAAAUAAGGUUUCGUUUUACCGGUUCCCGAACGAUGAAAAUCGGAGGGCAUUGUGGAUAAAGGCUGUGAAUCUACGCAACGAGAAUGUGCCAUUGGAAAUCAAGAAGACAACAUUUGUCUGCUCCAAGCACUUUUUGUCGUCAGACUUUCUCUCAAAUGUGGCAAAUGGAUACCGCCGCCUGAAAGAAACCGCAGUGCCGUGCUGUGCCGUGGAAGCUCUGUCUGUGCCAGCAGCGGUAGCAACAUGUGAGGUUGGCGACAGCAGUGGUAACUGUGUGCCAGCACCAGUUGCAACAAGUGAAGAUAACAACAACAGUGGCAUCUGUAGCAGUGCGUCAAAUCCCGAUGCCAUUGCUGCUCAGGGAUGCAGUCACGUGAGUUCGUCACCUUUGGAAGAUCCCGAGCCCAUGGAGACGCAAGAACCUCAAAGUGACACCUGCAGCUGCAAUAGAGGUACCAUUGUGCAGUUACUGACGCGGCAACUUGCGGAGAAAGACGAAGAAGUUCGAAUUUUGAAAAGUCAGCUGCGCCAUGCAAACGAACGGGCGAAGGAGAUACUUCAAGAGAAGCAGAAGGUUGAGUUUCAACUCAUGCAGCUUGAAAAAGAACACGACCACUGCACAAAAGCAAUGGAUGUACAUUCUCUGUGCAUAUCAGAUGAAAGAACUCAGUUCUACACUGGCUUGCCAGACCUAGAAAUUUUUGACGCUCUUCAUGACUAUCUUGACCCUGGGGAAAAUGGCUCCAACAUUGCACGACAGAAAAAGCCAGGGAACACUCCACCACAGGCAGGAUGUGGCAGGAUGCGGAAGCUUUCAACAAAGAACGAGUUGUUCCUUGUGCUUGUAAGGCUCCGCUUGGGUCUCUUUGAGCAAGACUUGGCAGACCGCUUUGGAGUCUCGCAGUCAACAGUAUCUCGCAUUUGCAUAUCGUGGCUUAAUUUUAUGUAUUUGAAGCUACUAAAGUUGCCACUAUGGCAGCCUCGCUCUGUAGUGAACACCACCAUGCCCACCGCAUUCAAGGAAAAGUAUGCAACCACGAGGGUCAUCCUAGACGCAACAGAGGUCAGGUGUGAAGUUGCAAGCUCAUUAGCUCUUCAAUCUAGCACCUACUCGACAUACAAGAGUGCAAAUACAUUCAAGGGACUCGUUGGAAUAGCCCCAAAUGGGCUGGUAACUUUCGUGUCAGAACUUUUCACUGGGUGCACGUCUGACAGAGAAUGCGUAAUAAGGAGUGGAUUUCUUGAGCUGCCAUUUGAAGAAGGGGACUCUGUCAUGGCAGACAAGGGUUUUACUAUUGCUGAUCUCCUGGAGAAAAAGAAAGUGCACUUGAAUAUUCCACCUUUCCUUCGUAAUGAAGAGUUCACUGCGGCACAAGUACAAGAAACAAAACAGAUUGCGUCAUUACGAAUUCAUAUUGAACGUAGAAUUCGGCGCGUAAAGUCAUUUCACAUUUUUGAUAGAGUUGUGCCACUGAGCCUUGGGCCAGUAGCAAAUCAAAUGUGGACUGUUGCUGUUAUCCUAACCAACUUCCAAAGUCCAUUGGUUGACGACAGCAACUAG